AUGGAGGAGGGCAUAGGUAUGCGAUCUAGCUUAGAGGGGUGGCUAUUAUGUGCGACUCGGCUUGAGGAGAGUGUGGGUGUGGGGGUUGGCUUGGAGGAGGACGUGGGCAUGCGGGGUUGCUCGAAGGAGGGUAUGGGUGCUUGGGGUUGGCCUCGAAGGAGGGCACGUGUGAAGGGUUUGGUUGGAGGAGAAGGCAUGAGAGAGGCUUGGCGGGGAGCCAACCGAACAAUGUUGGGAGGCUAG